GGUACCUUGGCCUGCGAGCACAAAACAAAAAGCACGCCCGCCUCGCACUUGUCAUUUCUCGACCCGGGUGCAUCAUAAAACUCUUCAUACCUGCCGUUUCAGCCGCAUGUUUAGCGCCCUCGAUUUGAGCACGUCUCGCUCUGCCUGGGAUGAGACCGCCCGCCCAAGCAGAGGGCAUGCCCUUCUCUCGACGUGGCUCCGUGCUGGGAUCGCCGUAAUUUCUGUCUAAUCUCGCCGUCACACGCAACCAGUCUCGUGCAUGGAGAGGAGGGUGCCAGUCGCCCGGCCCAUUAAACUAGCUCGUGCUCUGCUGUGCUGGCUGGCUGGCGGGCUGGCGGGCUGGCUGUCUGCCUGCUACAACCAAAGCGACAGGAAUGCCCGACCGGAACUGGUUUGGCCGAUAGACGUUGAAAUUGCUGUUUUUUGCAAAAGGCGCCGGAGUGCGGGCAUGUCAUGACAGAGUGCACACA